AUGGACCAAAACGACAACAACAGCAACAACAACAACAACAACAACGACAAUAACAAUAACAGCGACAACAUUUCACAAGAAGAACCAUCGUCCACACCCUACCAAUUGGAACGUGAUUAUGACGACGAUGACGACGCAACAAAGACAACAACAACAAGACGACCCUCCACUCUUUCUUCCUUUCUAGCACUUAUCGUAGGCGGUUCUUUGAUGAUUGCCAUGGUCUUUUGGUUUACUUUGGCUUUUUUAAUCGCUUCCAUAUUGUUUUUGGGACUAGUACUAUAUUACAAUCGGUCUAAUCGUCCUUUUGCAAGAACAAGAAAUACUGCUGCUACCAUUGACUCCUCGAGUCUACCACCACCACCAUCAUCAUAA